AUGGAAUUUUAUCCUCUGAAUGGAGCAAAUGCCGCCGACGCUGCGACGUGUGCCGCGCUUUUCGCGGAUCACAUGGUGCUAUUGCCCGCUGUUUCUAACGCAAAUCUAGGCCAAUUGACGCUGGAUCUACUGAUUAAUACGCUACUGCAGAAUGGAGAAGCUUUUAACGUGGAGAUCACAUGCGUCGGCCAUUUGCUCAGCAAUGCACUUCCUGCUAUUGCUGGUGGUGCUGCCUUUUCUACACAGCAGUCACACGCUCUGUGUCUUAACCUAGAGGUGUAUCAGUGCAAAGAAAAGAAGCUCAUGAUCAUUCAACAGCGAGCUUCUGUCUUGCCAGGACGAGCACGUGAGUUUGUCCGAGAGUUGGCGGAGUGGGCGAGUACUAGUAAAGUGGCAGCACUUGGUGUUGUGGCUGGAUGUGACGACAUGCUACGUCAUGACUCCAACAUGAUGAGUCGCCCGAUCCGUACUAUCUAUUCAGCUGAUGCUGCUCAACUGGACGACUCAUUUUUGACUCGUUUUGAGGGGCUCACUACCAACAUUGAGAGUGCUUCCCGAGUAGCCGAGCCGCUUUUGUCGUCUGAAGACCAAUGGGAGCUACUCCGUGGUACUGGCAUCGCUCCACUGUUGCAUGCGCAGUGCGAUGAGCUGAAAUUGCCGUUCGUCGCAUGGGUUAUGCCGUGUGCCGAAGGCAACAACGUUCCUGACGCGGCUGCCAUGGCUACACAGCUCUUUUGCUUUUUGCGAGUGAUACCCAAGCAUCUGACUGCUACUCCGACGGAUGUUUCUAGCUCAAUGCCACCAAUGCUUCCGUUUGCGUUUCCGCCUUCAUGGAACCAGCUUUUUGGACGAGGACCUGAUGUGUCGCUGUACCUCUAA